GCGCCUCCCCGAGCUGCGCCACUCAGUCCCCGACCUUUGGAUAAACACUCAGCCCUUUUUCUCCUGACAAAGUCGCCAUGGACGUCCGCCGAGUGUCUAACCGCAACCAGAUGGAUUAUAACCUGGACGGCAUGGAGCCCAAACACGGGAAAGCGGUCCCUUGCCAGGACGAGCGCCUCGACAGCGGCGUGGACUCCAUGAAGGAGGACGAGCUCGUGAACGCUUUCGAGGACCUCAAUGUGAAAAUGUGUGACGAUAUCACACCGGAUUACGAGCCGUGGAGAUCUGCAGUGACCGACGACGGUGACACGCUCCUCCACUUGGCCGUCAUCCAUGAAGCCACGGAACAUGCGUCUCAGAUGAUCAAACAUUCUCACAAUCACCCCUUCCUCAAUGCACAGAACCACCAGAGACAGACUGCCCUCCACCUGGCGGUGAUCACGGAGCAGCCCUGGUUGGUGGAGAGGCUCCUGAAGGCCGGCUGUGACCCGCGUCUAGCCGACGACAGCGGCAACACGGCUCUCCACAUCGCCUGCAAGAGGGGCUCCCUCGCCUGCUUCGGGGUCAUCGUCCAGAACUGCCAGCGCCACGUGGCCUCCAUGGCGUCCUUCUGCAACUACAGCGGACACAACUGUCUCCACUUGGCGUCCAUCAACGGCUUCAUCUCAUUGGUCGAGAGCCUCGUUCGGCUGGGCGCAGACCUCAACGCACAGGAACAGUGCAGCGGGCGGACGUCGCUCCACCUGGCCGUGGACCUCCAGAACCCCGCGCUGGUCCGUCGCCUCCUCGAGCUCGGCGCCGACGUGAACUGCUCAAACUACGGCGGCUUCACGCCGUACCACCUGACGUACGGGCGCCCGAGCGAGGAGAUCCGCCGGCAGCUGUACGAGCGGACGGCCCAGGAGCUGAGGCAGCUGCCCGACAGCGAAUCAGACGAGAGCGACGUGGAGGAUAUGGAUUCAUCGGAGGACGAGCUGUACGAUGACAUCAGGUUCGGGAAGUAAACGGAAGCAUCCCGUCUACCGGUGGUGUGAACGACUGUGAAGCUGCUGCUGCUGUGGGGCACAACCCCCAGCGAGGGACACUUCUGUCCACGGGCCAGUGCUGGUCCUGGGACCAGAGGAACGUGGACAGUGACUGUGUCCGGUCUGGCCCGGUCCGGAUCAGAGCGAUCCGGAACGACCAUCUGUUUGCUGUAAUGUACACUGAUGUGUACACCAGACGUGUGUAAUAUAUUGUAAAUGCAGAGAUAUUAUUUUUGUACUUGUACAUAUGUGUGAAUUUAAACACUAUUAUGAAAAAUGUGUUCUGAAUAAAAGGAAGUUUAUAAAAUAUCACAGCUAUUACUUA